AUGAACGAUGACGAUGACGUGGUCCUGGUGGGGGAGGAGGCCCCGCCUCCAGACCUCCUCCCGUCGGCCCGGACGGAGGACAUGUCCGUGGCGGUGCCGAGCCCGGGGUCGCCCGCGGCCUCCAGCCUGCCCCCGGCGGAGCCCAUCGUCAUCGAGGACGAGGACGAGCGGCCGGACGCCUCGGCCUCCAGCCGCAUCGCCACGCUGGCCGCCACACGGCGCACACGUGAAGGAGACCCGGUCCUCGGGGACCAGAACGGGCUCCGGAUCGGCAGCACCUUCAGCCUGAGCGCCGACGCCCCGCCGGGCCGACCCACCUUCAACCCGGGGAGGGGCUCCGGACCCCCGGGCCAGCUGGUCCACAACGGGGACUCGGGGACCCACAACAGACCAGACUCGUGGAUCUCCCAGUCUGCUUCAGCGCCCCGGAACCAGAAGCAGACGGGGGUCGACCCGCCGGCCUCCUCCUCCCCCAGAGGGCCGGGCCAGACCUCCAGCGCCCAGCCCAGGACGGUCAAGGUGACCUGUGCCAACUGUAAGAAGCCUCUGAAGAAAGGCCAGACGGCCUACCAGCGCAAGGGCUCCACCCACCUGUUCUGCUCCACCCCCUGCCUCUCCGCCUUCUCCCACAAGCCCGCCCCCAAGAAGACCUGCACCAUGUGCAAGAAGGACAUCACGACCAUGAAGGGCACCAUCGUGGCCCAGGUGGACUCCAGCGAGUCCUUCCAGGAGUUCUGCAGCACCGGCUGCCUCGGCGCCUACGAGAACAAGCAGAACCCGCCCAAGUCUGGACUCAAGACCAAAUGCACCGUCUGCGGCAAGCUCACCGAGAUCCGCCACGAGGUUAGCUUUAAGGCCGUGACCCAUAAGAUCUGCAGCGACUCGUGUUUCAACGUUUACCGCCGGGCCAACGGCCUGAUCAUGAACUGCUGCGAGCAGUGUGGCGACUACCUGCCCAGCCGAGCGUCCGCCAACCACUUUCUGCUGGUGGACGGCCAGCAGAAACGCUUCUGCUGCCAGGCCUGCAUCACGGAGUACAAGCAGGCUCACAGUAAACUGGCGACGUGCCUGACUUGCAAGACGCUGAUCAAGACGGGCGAGGUGCUGCACAGCCUGGGGGCGGGCGGCUCCACCAUGGGCUCCUACUGCGCCGUCAGCUGCAUGAACAAGGGCAAGCUGGCCUCCACCUCCUUCAUCAACUCUGAGCCGUCCUGUCACUCCUGUAAGAGGAACUCGUUGCCGCAGUACCAGGCCACGCUGCCAGAGGGCGACAUCCUCAACUUCUGCAGCUCUCCGUGUGUCGCCAAGUUCCAGAACGCUGGUCUUCAAGCGACCGCCAACGGGCAGCCGGCCCGGGUGCAGCUGAAGUGUAACUACUGCCGAGGAGCCUUCAGCCUGAAGCCCGAGACGCUGGAGUGGGAGGACAAGGUGUUCCAGUUCUGCAGCCGGACGUGCUGCGAGGACUACAAGAAGCUGCACUGCAUCGUGACGUUCUGCGAGUACUGCCAGGAGGAGAAGACGCUGCACGAGACGCUGCGCUUCUCCGGGGUCAAGAGGCCGUUCUGCAGCGAAGGCUGCAAGCUGCUGUUCAAGCAGGACUUCAUCCGGCGGCUGGGCCUGAAGUGCGUGAGCUGCAACCACUGCAGCCAGCUGUGUAGGCGGGGCCUGAGCCGGCAGCUGGGCGGCGUGACACGGGACUUCUGCAGCGAGGGCUGCGCCCUGCAGUUCAACGACUGGUACUACAAGGCGCUGAGGUGCGACUGCUGCAAGGUUCAGGGGAGCCUGACGGAGUCGGUGAUGUGGAGAACCGAGAUGAAGCACUUCUGUGACCAGGAGUGUCUCCUGAAGUUCUACCUGCAGCAGAGCGAGCCCAUCAUGGUCACGCAGAAGGGCCCGGAGAACUGCACCCUGGGCUAUGAGCUGCAGGGGCCCAGACUCGGGCUGGUGAGCCAGGGCACGGCGGCGUGCGCCGGCGGCGGCGCGGUGAGGGACGUGAAGAACAAGGCGGUGCUGUGCAAGCCGCUGACGCUCACCAAGGCCACCUACUGCAAGCCUCACAUGCAGAGCAAGCUGCUGCAGACGGACGUGGACGACGGCGUGAAGAGGGAGUACGUCCCGGUGCCCAUCCCCGUGCCCGUCUUCAUCCCCGUGCCCAUGAGCAUGUACGCUCAGAUCACGCCGGCUCUGCUGCCGCUGCCCCUCCCUAUCCCGGUGCCCGUGUUCCUGCCCACCAGCCUGCAGGGGGCGGAGCAGAUCCUCCAGACCAUCAAGGAGCUGAAGGACCAGCUGCCCUCAGGCCCCGCCCCCCUCACAGAGGACCAGCACACAGAUGUCAAGCUGGUGCCGGUAAAGAUGGAGUGCAGAGUAGAGGUCUCCAGCUGCAGCUCUGAGAAAGAGGAGGAGCAGGCUGCAGAGGAAGAGGAGAUGCAGGCUGCAGAGGAAGAGGAGAAGCAGGCUGCAGAGGAAGAGGAGAAGCAGGCUGCAGAGGAAGAGGAGAAGCAGGCCACUGAGGAAGAGGAGAAGCAGGCCGCUAAGGAAGAGGAGAUGCAGGCUGCAGAGGAAGAGGAGAAGCAGGCUGCAGAGGAAGAGGAGACGCAGGCUGCAGAGGAAGAGGAGAAGCAGGCCGCUGAGGAAGAGGAGAAGCAGGCUGCAGAGGAAGAGGAGAAGCAGGCUGCAGAGGAAGAGGAGAAGCAGGCUGCAGAGGAAGAGGAGAAGCAGGCCGCUGAGGAAGAGGAGAAGCAGGCCGCUAAGGAAGAGGAGAUGCAGGCUGAAGAGGAGAAGCAGGCUGCAGAGGAAGAGGAGAAGCAGGCUGCAGAGGAAGAGGAGAAGCACGCCGCAGAGGAAGAGAAGCACACCGCAGAGGAAGAGGAGAAGCAGGCUGCAGAGGAAGAGGAGAAGCAGGCUGCAAAGGAAGAGGAGAAGCAGGCCGCUGAGGAAGAGACGCCAGAGAAAAAGGAGAAGAAGGAGCAAGGGGAGGAGGAAGAGGAAGAGAUGCCAAAGGAGGAGGAAGAGGAUGAAGAGGAGGAGUAUGAGCCCGAGCUGGACCUGGAGGCCGACUUCCCUCAAGCCUCUGACCCGGUCCCGGAGGGAAUGGACCAGGACUUGGACUUAUCUCACCCUCCAGUCCUGGACAAGGAGUCGGCACCUCGACCUCAGCCCAGGAGACAGGGCCACAAGAGGCGGGCCCUGGAGGAGGGCUCGGAUCAGGCCACGCCCACUUCCUCCCGGCGCUCGCUACCUCUCAAAGCUCGCUACGGCGUCAACGCCUGGAAGCGCUGGGCGCUGUCUUCUCCCGACCAAUCAGAAGACACCAGAGUGAAGGACGGCCCCACCCCCGCUCGCUCCAACAGCAACCUGCUGGCGCUGAGUCCGGAGGAGCUGAGCGCCGCUCUGUCGCGGUUCGUGCGGGAGGCGUGUCGCCCGGGCGGCGAGCGCUACUCGCCCGACAGCAUGCUGUACCUCUGCCUGGGCAUCCAGCAGCACCUCCAGGCGCGUGGCCGCGCGGACGACGUGUUCAGCGACCCGAGCUACCGGCGCUUCGGAGAGCAGCUGAACGCGGUGCUGCGGGACUGGAGGCCGCGCGUGCUGUCUGACGGCUCCCCGUGUGGCCGGGUGGAGGAGUGCAGUCUGUGGAGCAGCCGGCAGCUCGGGGGCCAGAGUCCGGCCGCUCUGCUGCGCUCGCUGGUCUACCUGAACACCAAGUACCUGGGUCUGCGCACGGUGGAGCAGCACCUGCACCUGUCCUUCUCCAGCGUGUACGGCCUCCGCCUGCCCCCCGUGGCUCAGGACCCCCGCGUGCAAACGGCGUCGAGGAAGAGGAAGCUCCGCCCCCUGGAGGACGGCGGCUCAGGAGGCGUUCGCUGCCCGGUGAAGAAGCACGAGUGUCAGCUGUACGACCUCUACAGGUCCAAGUGCCCCCCGUCCUUGCGGCAGCGCCUGGACGUAUUCUACGUCCAGCCCGACCCGGCCUGCGGCCCCGGAGACCCGCUGAGCUUCAGCUCCACGCCGCUGGAGCGCCCGGUGCUGGAGAGCCUCCUCACCAGAGUCCUCCUGGUCCGAGACCUGUACCCGGACCAGGGGGGGGGCGAGGAAGACGAGGAGGAAGAGGAGCGGCCACUUUGACCGGCGUCUCCUCCUGGUGAGGAUGAUGAAGAGCAGCCGGGGUGUCGUGAGAGGCUUCCUGGCAGCCGAUUGGUCGAUACGGCAUCCAUUUGAUGUGAUCGUUAAGGAACAAUAUAAACUUCCGUAGAUUUAUUUUUGGGGUCAAUCGUCUCAGAUGAAUUAUGACCACGAGGUCAUCGGCUGCAGCUGAAGAGCCCCCCCCCCCCAUGUAGCAUCAUGAGCCUGAGUUAUUUAGAAGUGUACAUAUCACCUUCAGCUUGAAUACAACGCGCCCCUCCCCCGAAGCCUUUAUUUAUAUUUCUAUAUAAAGGCAGAUUAUUUAUUUAACUUUUUAUUAGUUUGACUCUUGUGAUUUCUUUUGGGCGACGCUUCCUCGUUCACACCCUGCUGCAGCCCCUCGCCUCUGUGUGUGUAUACAUAUUUAUCUAUAUAUAGACGUACACAGUGCUAACUUGAAGGAAUUUUCGGAGCUCCACAGACUAUUUUUUUACGGUUUCUCCUCCUGACCUUCGUGUUCGUGGCUUUCGGUCCUUUUUUAAACUUUAUUUACUUUAUAAACUCGUGUAAAUGACGGUUGGACAAUAAACAUUUUUUUUGCCUUGA